AAUUGAUCUCGUCAACGUCAUUUGACUUGUUUGCGCCAUAUCUGAAAGCAAAGUGAACGUACAUACUACAUAGUCUAGUGGAAGUCAGUUGACUGGUAUGUGGGAUAAAGGAAAAGUGACAAUGCCAGAGAAAGUGAUAGAGGAAGAGAAAGAGAAAGACACUAGACCUUUCAAACAGAGGAAAUGUUUUGAUGUGCGGAGAGGAGAAGUUAGAGGCAUAAGAUCAAAAUUUCCAAAUAAAGUACCGGUGAUAGUAGAGAGGUACUACAAAGAACUGCAGCUUCCUGUGUUGGAUAAAUCCAAAUUUCUCGUGCCUCAAGAACUCUCCAUGUCCCAAUUUUCUGCCAUUAUAAGGAACCGAAUGUCACUAAAUUCCAGUCAAGCAUUUUAUCUCAUAGUGAACAACAAAAGUAUUUCAAGCAUGUCAAUGACUUUGGCAGAAGUGUAUCGGGAUGAAAUGGAUGAAGACGGCUUUCUUUACGUGACUUAUGCCUCGCAGGAAAUGUUUGGAGGAUGCUGAUAUUAUACUGCAGUGUUGUGAUAGGACAGUUUUCUCGGGUCUUGUGGCCAGAAUUUUGAAUUCAUUAUGCCGACAGAAUGCGCAGUUGUAUGGAAUCAGCGACAUGCGGUUUGAUAUUGAAUUCUAUGGAUGUGUCAUAAUAUGAAGGAGAGUGGAUUCUUAUUUCAUUAUUAGGAUUAAAUAUGAUUUUGCUUCAUGUCACAUGUAAAUUAAUUUAUAAAUUACAUUUGUAUUAUAUAGAUCUAUGGAUAUUUGAUUUUUUUCUCUCUUGUUUAUGUACAGUUUUGAAUUGUAGUGCUGUAAUAUGAAAUUGCAUCACAUUUUCACAGCAUGGCAUUCAUUUUCCUUGUAUGGAUGAGUUGAUUUUUGUAAAGUACAAAUUUCUAUGUAAAGUACAAAUUCCUAAAGAACAACAAAGAGUAAAGGAACACAGAUUGUUUUUAGGUCACCUGAAUGACUUCGGUGUCCUAAUUACUUGUCCCCAUCAGUGUCGGUCAUAUAAUGUCCAUCAUUAUCUGUUUCUCAGAGACUACUUUAAUCAUUUGUGACCAAAAUUAAAUGUCUAGCAUCUUCAGUGGACAGGUAUAGAAACAAAACUUGUAAUUUUUCUGGUCAUUGUCCCCAAAAGGUGAAGCCAACACCAACACCAAAUGGUGAUCCCUGGGUCAAGGGUUCAGGUGGUGGGACACGGGGCUGUAUAGCUUGUAUGCUGAAAAUGUUUUACUACUGAACAUUUUGCAUACAAACAUAGACUUGACAAUGUCUGGAUGGCAUAGGGAUCACCAUGUCUGUGUAUCCAUAAGCUGUAAUUUGAAAUGUAAUAAAAAGCUCAAAUUCAUCACAAAGGUUGCUGAGACCAGCCAAUAGGCAUUACUGUUAGUUUGACCAAGGUCAAGGUUACUAGAUAUAAAAGGUGCAUUAGAUGUUCAUACUGGCUGACAGAUUGCUCAUGGUGAGGAAGAUGCACUCUUUAAAUUUUUAACAUGCAACAUAUCUGUUUGCUUUUUGUUGUUUAGUACUCAGGUGACCAUUAAGGUCCAUGGGCUUCUAUUUAGCCAGUGGUUUAUUUGUGGAUAAUACACUGUACAAUAUGUCACUGGAUAAUUCGAUAUGUUGCUGGAUAAUUCGAUAUGUUGCUGGAUGAAUUCUACCUUUACAUUAUUGUGCAAUACACUUUCAACUCAUGUACAGAUAUUUGAAUUUACACCCUUUUGGUCUCAGAUUAAAUGCAGGUCUUUCAUUUUUUUGAUACCAUUUUGAUAAACUUUGGAUUCUCCGGUUUCCUUUGUAAGGGUCGUUAUGUGGAACUGUAUAGUGUAUAUGUCAAAGAGCCGAGUCUGCCCCACAUGUUGUACAGUUCUCAUUCCGUUAAUUGAAGAGUUUCCUCAUUGGAUGAAUGAAUUUAGAUUUUAUUCAUCCAAAAAUUGUUUUAGUAGUAUUAUUCAACUGUGUCUAACGUGUGCUGUUAAAUGUGCAAGCUCUGUGCAAUUGAAUCUCAGAUACAUUGAAUUGUCUCCGUUAUUGUAGUUGAUUUGUCGUGUGAUAAUGUGUAGUUAUCUUAUAUCUAUUGCAGUGCAAUAAACGUGUGUUAUAAUCAUACAACAGACAUGUGUAACUUAAGCAUUAUAAAAGUGCAAAUGUAUUGAAUCUAUUUUUUUUGACAAUGAUUAAUAUGCAGUUGCUAAAAUUUGUGAGUAUUUAGUAAAUUGUGUAGAAAUCUACAUUAACACUGGGAUUUUAGAUAACAUAUUGAUUCGAUCCCCUCCACAAUCUUGGUAUUAAAUAAUAAAGAUGUCAUGGUAAAAUGUGGUGUGUGUAUGAAUGUUCUAUGAUUCAUAGCUUGACUUUUUUUCAGUUACAUUACAUUAACUAUGUUACAUCACUGUUCAGUUAAUAAGAUUAUAUACAGUUAUCAUUGUUAGAUUUCCAUAUGUUGUAGGCCAAGUAGUUGAAUUUAAGAUAAUUUUGUAUAUAGCAAUGUACAUAAUCCUUUUUUAUUUAACUUUCAUCACAUUUUUCAAGAAAUUGAGAAGUAUAUUUUAGCAUGUAUGAAUAAUUGAAUAUUGACAGUAAACAUAAAUUUGAAGUACUAAACUAGGGAUUGGUUUUGCAAAGGUAAACACAGGUGUUUUUGAAGUUUACAGUGCACUGGGUUGUCUUCCAAAGCACCAAAAGUAAUGCUUUUGACUGAAUUGUUACAAGCUUUUGACUUUGGAUUGGUUGUAACAGAGAUGGUAUAUAUUUUUGACACAGAAAAGAAUUCUUCGUUGUAUCAUGCGUAUAAAGGCAUUAUGACAAUGUUUGUCUGUGAUUACUGGUAAUUUAUCAGUUUAACUUAAUUCCACCUUAAGAUGGUGGAAAGUGUGAUAUGAACAAUGUGAGAGUGUUCCAAAAACUAUUUGUAAUAAAUUAUAUCAAUACUUGA